GGUUUGCGGUUCUGCGUUUUCCCGUUAGAAGUGCCGCAAUUGACAUACGGCAGAUCGAGCUCCAUCAUUGCAACCCACACAUACAUGUCCAAUGACAGUGACAACCCCAAGAACUGAAUGCUUCCAGUACUGUGGUUGCUAGCUAUAGAGAAAAGAGACCAGUGACGAUGGGAGUGCAUUUCGCCUUUGAUGCAUCAUGGGACAGUCUGCCACACACAUGGCGGGCUCCCAUGGAGCCAGAGCGAAUGCCCUUUUUCACAUUGCCGCCAACCACACUCUCGAUCUGGGAAGGUACUACUAUCUCUAUUCCAGAAGUCGAAUUCUAUUUCUUUAGCGUUGCUUUCUGGCUGGAACUGUUGGUGAUCUUUGUCGUCCUUAUCGCAUUGGCAAUCGUCGUGGGUUGUGUGCUUUACCAAUACUGCAUCAAGCCAAAAAGAGCAUUUACAAGCUCUUCAUACAUUGUUGCGUAUGGCGUCGUAUUGCCAUUCUGGUUGGUCUUACCUUACAUGGCGUCGUCCUAUUUCAGAGUUGAAAACAAGAUUAUCCGCUUCAUGCUGACAACCGUUGUCACGUCAAUAUCCAUUUUUCGGACCACAGCGGCGGUCCAUGGCUUUUCACCCCAGCACGCUACCAAAUCCAUUUCCGACUUUGCAUUUUACUAUGCUUGUCCUGUGCGUGCCACAUACGAUACCAAACGACAACAAUACCAACGUGCCACCCGCGCAUCCAUCCGAAAGAGAGUGAUCCGAUUCCAUACGUCCAUGGUCAUUGCUGGGGUGGUGGCAUCGAUAUACCAAAUGUUCCCCAACAUCUUUCCUCCAUUGUCAGAACCGUCAUCUCCAGAUGAUCCAGUAUGGUAUGACUGGAGACAGAUUAUUAAUCCAUCCAAUUUGUGGGCCAACGUGUGCUAUGCCGCAUUCUUUCAAUGCUACCUGACACUCUUUGCAGAAUCCAUGAUGUUCAUUCAAGUAUUCGUCACACGAAUUGACUGCGAAGAAACCAUGGAUAACCCUGUCUUUGGGUCCACAUCUCCAUCCGAGUUUUGGGGGCGUCGCUGGAACAGACUCAUUCAUGAUUGCUUGAAACGAGGCGUGUUUCUACCUGUCAAACGACAAUUUGCUUCCACAACGCUGGCAGUCAUGGCCGCAUUUUGUGCCAGUGGAGUCUUUCAUGAAUGGCUGCAAAUCACAGUGUUCCCUCCCAGUUGGGAUCAUUAUGUAGACGACAGUGACGGAAGCUGUCAUUUGUGGGGUCGCACUGGAAGUUUUUCGUCCCGCCAUUGUUACACUCCCAAAUACGGGGUGUCCUUGGCGUUUUUCAUGUGGCAAGCCGUCUUGAUCGCGAUUGAGUUUGCGGCAAUGCCCCAUUGCAAAGACUUGUUUUUGAAUGUUCCAGCCCAAAUCAAGACCGUCAUGACUGUGAUUGCAGGCGGAUGUGUGGCGCAUUGGUUUACCGAGCCCUACGUUCACUCCACAUUCUUUCUGGAUGGCACCGUGGCAUUGUGCACUUGGAAACUGAAGGGGAAUUGAAAGGAUGCAGGCGUACCGUAUGAAUGAUGAACCACUUCCUAUGGAUCGAUUGCCACUGAAACUAGGUCUUUAGGCAUUUGUCGCCGUUGUUGGAAUGAAUCAAUCAUCAGUUUCUAUUUGGAUACCGUACAGUAGCUCUACUGUAGCUUCUACCGAUACUGGUUUACCGUAAGGGAGCCGAUUUUAAAAGGCUCCAACGACCGAAUGACUUUGACAGCUCAGCUAGCUAACCUCAUAACCUCUUCAUUCGGUUUUUU